AUGGAAAAGAAAGAUGAAGUUAUUUACAGCAUGACACCUCGCCAUGGACAUGCGCAAGAUGUAUUUGAUGAAAACGGCAUUCGACAAGUAGCAGGUUGCUUACCUAUAGACCCCAUCAAUAAAAGAUUCUUGCUCGUCUCGUCGUCGAGUGAUCCUACAGUGUGGGUUAUUCCUAAAGGCGGUUGGGAAAAGGAUGAAACACAAAAACAAGCUGCGAUGAGAGAAACAUGGGAAGAAGCAGGUGUGAAAGGCAUCAUUACUAGACACAUUGGUGUCUUUGCAGAGAAGACCAGAGGAGGCGUAAAAGCGCAUCAUUGGAUUUAUGAGAUGGAAAUCAAGGAAGUUUGUAAAAAGUUUCCUGAGCAAAAAAAGCGUGAACGACGUUGGGUAAGAAAGAACCAUAGUAUUUUGUUUCAUUUUCGAUAUCUUCCUAGGAGCAUUUGUUUGUGCUAA